AUGAUCAAGUGUGCCACUAGUCCAGCGUAUAACUACCAUUCCACCCUCACACAGUGCACAGGAACCGAUACGUUGUUUUUGUACGGCGGGUUUGAUGAUCUGGACCAGCUUGACAGUAAUGUGUACCUUUUUGACACCAAAACCCGUACCUGGCAAAUCGAUAAAAGCCACCAGGGACUAUUCCGAGAAGGCCAUCUGGCCAGUUACAUUGGUAAUGGUAACAUUUUGGUGUUUGGAGGUGUUCCAUUGGAUGAUGACUUUUCUCUAAAUCAUGGUAAUGUAAGUGAACAGGAGAUUGCAAAAAGGAAGAGCUUAAUGUUGAUAUACAAUAUUUAUUCCAAAACCUGGAUCACUCCGCCAGAGUUCGUGCUUAAGAAUGCCCCUCGUUUUAGGUCGAGACAUGCCUGCUGUGUGUCACCCGAUGGAAAUAAAAUGUACUUUCAUGGAGGACUCCUCAAUUCCAGUAUGUCUUUGUUGAAUGAUUUAUACAGCUAUGACUUAAGCACUGGAAGUUGGGACGGGCCAUACAAGUUUGUUUAUCGGUUUCACCACUCCAUCUUCAUAUUCAAUGGUAAACUCUUCAGUUUUGGAGGUCUCAAUGAGAAUAUGAAUCAUGUAAGUGACAAGAUUGCAUUCUUCGACUUACAGGAUCACACCACCGGAGAAAUCUCCAUAUCCUCUAAAAAUGGUCACUUUGGGCUGAACAUCAGGAAAAUAUACUUGGGUUUAGAUGAAUCGAUUAAGCUUGAUGUGACUUACCCAAGUUCAAUGUUCAAGCUCAGAGAUAGUACUCUUUUUCAAGUGUCCUACUAUAACCUCAAACAAUUGAAGUAUGUGAGCGUACUUGAUCUGAGCAACUUGAAAAGUCUCUUCCGAAAGACUUAUAAUGAAGACAUCACCAACUUCUCGUGGAUCACGGCUGUCAUUUCUGACCAUGGUUGUUUGCUUCUUUUUGGCUGCAAACAAAGGUCAUAUGGGCUGCUGACUUUGAUGUCAGCUGAGACUGUCAGGGCCGACAAUCAUAUUAAUGCUACUUCCAAUGCUGAUGAAGAAGAUGAGCUCACAGAUGAUGAGGAAAUGGUUGCUGAAUCUGAGGAUGAGACUGCCUACGAAUUUGACGACCGUAUAAUCCGUGACCUGGAUAUCGAUUUGGUGGAGAACGGAAAUAUCUCUGUCGUUCUCAGCAUACCCCUUGAAGAGUUGGGCAUCAAGUUAAACGAUCCUAGAGCAAGCACAGACUCUCUUCUACAAGCAGACAUGGGAAAGUUUUUAGAAAGCCAAGAGUUCACUGACUUCAAAAUCUAUUGCUUUAAAGAAACCAAUGCAAGAGUCAAGUACUUAGAUAAUCCAGAGAUGCUCGAAGAUGUUUCAAUGUUUGAAGAUGGACCUGAUAACUGCCAAUUUGAAGUCCUCAACGUUCACAGAAUGAUUUUAUUAGCAAGAUGGCCAUACUUUAGAAGACUCAUUGAAAGUGGAAUGAGCGAAGCAAAACUCAAUAAGAUGUUUAUACCAGAGCCAUCGUGCUGGGUAAAAGCCAUGAUUUACUAUUUGUAUACUGGUUCUGUUGAGUUUGAGUCUUUAUACAUCGAUAAAUUUACUUAUGAAGACUACUCCGGAGUUCUUAUCCUUUCCAACUUUUAUGAGCUAAUUGACCUUCGGACUUUGAUGUUGAACAAGCUUUAUGAUAAUUUGGACUCUCUUUUGGAAGCGGAAGCCCCAAGUGUAAACUUACAGACUGAAGAUCGGGUAAGGUCUAUUUUGAACAUGUGGUGCAAUGUUUUCACAGCCAACGAAACACUAUUGGUUGAAAAGUUAGCUCAACUAAUCAAGGCUUCUUGGUCGACCAUUCUUGAAUCACCUGCUUUUGCUCAAUUGCCCAAAUCUGCGAUUGUGAAACUCACCCAAAUUUGCACGGUUCUGGAGCAUGAGUUCUUGGAGACUCCUAAGAAGCACUCUAGAACAAGUAUAAUCAACAGUGAUAACGGGUUUUCAUCUACUUUGGAAACUCCAGAACGGGAAGGGUGCAAUUCUCCAUUUCUUCAGACCCCAAAUUCAACAAAAAGCGAGGAAAGACAGAGUCCUAAUGUUGGUGAAACAUUGCUGCAAUUACCCGUGCUACAGCACUUAUCCAACUUACUUCAUGAUAGUAUCGAUGAUUAA